AUGGCAUUCAGGGUGAAGGCAGACAUGUGGCUGGCAGGGCCCUGGCUGUGCCUGAGAGGGGCCAGGACACUGGGCACCAGAGCAGUUAUGCCCCCCAAGGCCACGGUGCUGCCCUUUGAAGCCAUACCCCAAUGUCAGGGCAACAAGUGGUUGAGGGUGCUACAGAUUUGGAAGGAGCAAGGCAUUGAGGACAUUCACCUGGAGAUGCAUCGAACCUUCCAGGAGCUGGGGCCCAUUUUUAGGUAUGAUGUUGGAAGGACACAGAUAGUCUCUGUGAUGCUGCCAGAGGAUGCUGAGCGGCUGUACCAAGCAGAGAGCCUGUAUCCCUGCCGCAUGCACCUGGAGCCCUGGAUGGCCUACAAAGAGCACCGGGGGCAGAAGCCUGGAGUAUUCUUGCUGAAUGGGCCCGAAUGGCGCGCUAACCGACUGUGGCUGAACCCCAAUGUGCUGUCCCCAAAGGCAGUGCAAAAGUUCCUCCCCAUGGUGGACAUAGUGGCAAGAGACUUCUCAGAGGCCCUGAAGAAGAAGGUGCUACAGAAUGCCCAGGGAAUCCUGACUGAGGACAUCCAGCCCAGCAUUUUUUACUAUACCAUAGAAGCCAGCAACUUUGCACUUUUUGGAGAGAGGUUGGGCCUCUUUGGACAUAACCCUAGCUCUGACAGCCUGAAUUUCAUCCAUGCCCUGGAGGUCAUGCUGAAAUCCACUGGGCAGCUCAUGUACCUGCCCAGGCAUCUAUCUCGCUGGAUCAGCAGCAGGGUGUGGAAAGAGCACUUUGAGGCUUGGGACUACAUCUCUGACUAUGCUGACAAUUGGAUCCAGAAGACUUAUCAGAAACUUGUUUGUAGUUGCCCUCAGUACUACAGCGGCAUCAUGGCAGAUCUGCUAUUUCAGGGGAACUUGCCAGUAAAUGCCAUCAAGGCCAACAGUGUUGAGCUCACAGCAGGGAGUGUGGACACGACAGCCUUCCCCUUGAUGAUGACGCUCUUUGAGUUGGCCAGGAACCCCACUGUGCAGCAGGCCCUGCGCCAGGAAAGUCUGGCUGCUGAGCCCAGCAUUUCUCAGGAUCCUCAGAGGGCUAUCACAGAAUUGCCCCUGCUGCGAGCAGCCCUCAAAGAGUCCCUGAGGCUGUACCCUGUUGGUCUGUUUGUGGAGAGAAUCCUGAGCUCAGACUUGGUGCUUCAGAACUACCACAUCCCAGCUGGGACCUUGGUCCAUUUUUAUCUGUACUCAAUGGGCCGAAACCCCGAGGUGUUCCUGAGUCCAGAGCGCUAUAACCCCCAACGCUGGCUGGACAGCAGGCAGACUUUCCAUCACCUGGCUUUUGGCUUUGGGGUGCGCCAGUGUCUGGGGCGGCGUCUGGCAGAAGUGGAGAUGCUGCUGUUUCUGCAUCAUAUUCUGAAAUCCUUUCACCUGGAGACACCAGUCCAAGAGGAUGUGAAGUUGGCCUACCGCUUCGUUUUGAUGCCUGUCAACAUCCCCCCCCUCACUUUCCGGCCUGUCACCUAGUCAUACCUCCCCACCAAAGAUCCCAGGAACACCACCAUCCACUGUCUCCAUGAUCCUAGCCCCCGCCCCUUUUCUCCUGCAACAACACUGCUCCCUGGCCACACUGCUGGUGGAGGGCCCCCUGCUCAAACAGUUCCGGCAAAGCCCUGUGGAUGUGGGCUCAGUACACUGUGCAGCAAGGCCAGAGCAGCGCUCAGGAGGAUCAUGGUGGUCCUUUUUGGUUUUGUCCCCUCUCCAGCCCCACCCAGCUCAAUCUCCU